CCAAUGGUUGUGGCAGAUGAAUCGCUGGUUUUGAAUACAGUGAAAUCUCAGGUACGCAGACAGCCUUAUUAUAGAACUCAAUGGUUUCAGCCUUAGAUUAGAACAACGGCCACGUGUACGUUUAUGGGAGGUUAUAUAUUGACUUAUUAAUAUAUUGGCAAACACCUCUGGUAAAAACCCAAAUACAUUUUCCGGUUUCGAGAGGUGUUGUAGUGGUAAAAUUACAACAUUUAUUUAUUUUUUUUGCACAUUGCGCGGCUUAGGCCCGGUUCAAACGUCGCAUUUUACAUGCGCCGAAUCAAAUCUGAGAUUUAGUCGACUAAAAUAGUUUUAUGCGUAGUUUGAUUCAGACGUCGAAUUUAAUAGUCGCAUUUAUUAUAGUUAUGCUUCCACUUUUUCAUAGUUUAUUCAUUUUCUUGUACUAAUUUCCUAAAAUGGCGAACAGAAAAAUGUUGAGUUUAUGCAUUUCAAAUAUGAUUCGUGUUAAUAGGAAAAGACGAAUAUUGAUGCAUGUUACAGCAAAUAAACUAUUGUAAACGAGACGGCAGCUUCUGCAAAUUUCCCAUGUUUUUCUACCGUUAAUUGGUCAAAAAAAGCCUUCAUACGUAGCCCUCCUUAUCGAUCAUGUCGAAGACAAGAUAGAAAUUCCGGCUGGUGGAAGAAAGUUUGGAGUAUUUAUUCUGAUCUUGGAUUCAAAAAAACAUUUCGUGUAUCUCGAGGAAACUUUCCUUGUACAUAUAAAUUUUUUGCACUUUAAACAAGUAUAUUUUGUUAAACUUGUGCACGAAAUACAAGGGCCAUUACCAACACUCGCCGCCGCCAUGUUUUUACAACUUUGCGCAUGGCAUUUAGCAUGGAAAUAAUUGAUUUUUGCUUAGAAAUAUCUUAAAAUAAAUUAUGCAUUAAAUUCGGCUCAUGUAAAAUGCGACGUUUGAAUCAACAUCGAAUUUCCGUCGAAUAUUCGACUAACUCAGUCGAAUAUGAGACUAAAGUCGCAUUAAAUUAAAAUCCGUCGAAUUUAAUUGAUUCAAACGUCGCAUUUUACAUGCACAUAAUUCUCGCAUUUGAUUCGGCGCAUGUAAAAUGCGACGUUUGAACUGGGCCUUAUGUUGUCCCUAAUUAGCCCUUGCUAUCUUUCUUCACGUGCUUGUCGUGAACCAAUGAAAAACAAGCACAACUAUCACAUUGCCAAGCUCGAGCCAGUGUUGUACUUCACUGACUUACGUUAGCCAUUAAAGUUGACGAGCAAGGUUAGCAUGAAAUGCAGGCAAAUCUUGCACGUGGCUCUGUUUUUUUUGGAUUCACUCGUGAAAUUAACACGGCCAAGUUUAAAAUUUGACGCCAUUGCAUUGCUUUUUAUUUUUUGAAUUGCUGAACGGAUACCGUUUUUAACGUUUAAAACGAAGCACAAGUGACAAAAUGUCUGACGAUUGGGAAGAGGAAUGCAACGUGUCUACUUUUGACAGCAAGCCAUUCGAAGGCAAUGGUUUUGAUAGUGGAUUUGGAGGUGGAUUUGAGGACAAUCCUACCAGUGGCUUUGCUGAAAGCGGAUUUGGGAGAGGAAGACGUGAAUUUGGGGGUGAUAGAUUCGACCAAAACUCAGACAGUGGCUUUGGUGGAAAGAGACGUGGUGGCUUUGGUGAUAGCACCAAUGACAAUGGUGAUGAAGGUGGUUUUCACAGUCGUAGAGGUCGUGGAAGGGGUGGUAGAGGUAGAUUUGACCAUCGUCAUGAUGAUUAUGCAGAGAAUGAUGAAGAUGGUGGCUUUGGUGGGAACAAUAGAGGACGUGGUAGGGGUCGUGGGAGAGGACAUGGUUUUUUUGGUGAUAGAGAUGGGGAAGAUACUGGGGGACGUGGGGGUGGUUUCCGCGGUCGAAGAAGUAGUGAUCGUGAUGACAGAGAUGAUAAUUUUGGUGAAGGUGGUGAAGAAGGAGAAGAAAAACCCCAAAGAGUAACAUAUAUUCCUCCUGCACCUCCUGAAGAUGAGGAAGAGAUUUUCACGACCAUACAACAAGGAAUAAACUUUGAUAAUUAUGAUAACAUAGCUGUGGAAGUUACUGGAAGGGAUCCAGUUAAGCCUAUCAAUAGUUUUGAUGAGGCAGCUCUUUACGAGACUUUUAAAUCAAAUGUUAAAAAGGCUAAAUAUGUGAAACCUACUCCAGUACAAAAGUACUCUAUACCUGCUAUCUUAGCUGGACGAGAUGUAAUGGCUUGUGCUCAAACAGGAUCUGGAAAAACUGCUGCUUUUAUUUUACCUGUAAUGACUGGUAUGAUGAAUAAUGGAUUAACAGGGAGUCAGAUGAGCAUGAUACAAGCUCCGCAGGCCAUAGUUAUUGCCCCAACUAGAGAACUUGCUAAUCAGAUAUUUUACGAAGCUUACAAAUUUGCUCGUGGCACAAUGUUGAAGCCCUGUGUCUGUUAUGGUGGUGUAUCCGUUGGUCAUCAACUCUCAAAGAUUGAAGCUGGUUGUCAUUUACUUGUUGCAACCCCUGGGCGAUUGAUGGAUUUCAUUGGUCGGAGAAAGAUUUCCCUGGAAGGUCUGAAGUAUUUGAUUCUCGACGAAGCAGACAGGAUGUUAGACAUGGGUUUUGAACCAGUUAUUCGCGAGCUUGCGUCAAACCCGAACUUUCCCGCUAAAACUGAACGACAGACACUUAUGUUCAGCGCAACGUUUCCAGAGGAAAUACAAAGACUUGCUGGUGAAUUUUUAAAUGAUUAUCUUUUUCUUACUGUUGGUCGAGUUGGUAGUGCUACUGCCGACAUUGAACAGAAUAUUUGUCAAGUUUCUGAAUUCGAGAAACGCGAUAAGUUAGUCGAAAUACUUAAUGAUGCUGGCAGUGACAGAAUCCUUGUCUUUGUGGAAACGAAAAGGAUGGCGGAUUUCUUGGCAAGCUAUCUUUCGCAAACUGGUUUUCCCACCACCAGUAUUCACGGAGACAGGCAACAAAGAGAAAGAGAGGAAGCCUUAUAUGACUUUAAGAAAGGACGUACUCCAGUUAUGGUAGCGACGUCAGUUGCUGCACGUGGUCUUGAUAUACAAGAUGUAAAACAUGUGAUCAACUAUGAUUUGCCAAAAGAGAUAGAGGAAUAUGUCCACCGUAUUGGGCGAACAGGAAGGAUUGGGAACAAGGGCAAAGCAACGUCAUUUUUCCAGUCAGAUAAAGAUGCAAACAUAGCUAGAUCUUUGGUGAAAGUUCUUGGUGAUGCCGAACAAGACGUUCCGGACUGGUUAGAAGAACAAGCUGAAAGUGCAAUUGGCACAAACUAUGGACCUGCUGGUGGUCGAUUUGGUGGAAGAGAUACCAGAAGGUUUGAUAAAGGUAACAGUGACGGUGGACAUAAUGAUGACUUCAACAUUAAUGGUGGUGAUGACGCUUGGGGUAUAAAUGACUCAAAAAAUACUGGAGAUGUGCCAUCCCCCUAUGCAGAAGACAACGUAUCCCAUCUUUAUUGUGGCUCCGGAAACUGCCAAAACUUACUUCAAGUUUAG